AUGAACGACCAUACUUUGGGAGGCAAAGAGCGAGAGGCGCCGUUGCUUCGCAAAACGGAACAAGUACGGACACUCCUGCAUUACGAUCAUCGCCACGAAAAGACGACGAAAUCAAAGCUUAAGACCGGCGGCACUUCAUUUAUCAGCCGGCACGGGCUGUGUUAUCAGUGGGAACCUGGUACACACAAGAAACACGGCCACGGCCAUGAUGGUCAUGAAAUGGGCACACAGAGAGACGCACCAAUCUCGAGGACCGAAAGGACAGAUCGGACAGCCCGGACAACCCCGACUGACAGAUCUGCACGUCCCGACAGAGAUGCAAAGACCGAACAGACUGACAGGACCGGACAAACUGACAAAACGAUAAGGACACAUACGUCCCACAAACAUGGAAAGACCACCGAAACAGCUACGGUUCCAGAGGCCGGCUCUGGCGGCAAGUCCAGCGGCUCCAACGGUGGCACCAGCAGCACAUUGAGCUGGCCCUCUUGCGUGCCAACGUACGCUAUUUCCGAGGGCCAGAAACUGACAGCAGACAUGCAACGGGGCCGGCGGCAGCUGCAGCCACGAUACAUUGUAACGAUGCAAGACACACACUACGAGUCUGGAGACGUUGGAGGAAACAGGAAGUUGCUGUUGCGCCAUGGUCGGGUGGCUGACCUUUUGGACGGAUGCGCCAACUACCUGGAGUACAUACGGACACAGACUCGUGUUGGGCUGGCAAAGACGGGGCCUCCGCUGUCGCUAUUCUCGCUCAUCGAGAAGUGGCACGGCAUCCCAGAAACACGACAGUGGCGGCUGUGGGGGGUAUAUUCGAGGCAUACCGGAGAGCAGCCGUCGGUAUCGUUGAUUGACAGCCGGUCUGAGCUGCUUCGACUGCUGACAGACUUUUGUGUAGGCACUAGAACGCGCAGCCGAUUUGAUGGCCGGUGGGUGAUGUACUUUGUGGUGGACGUGGCGUUAGAGCAACCACAGCUCUUCGGUGUGAUCGAGGUCGAGGAGGAUGUGGAGGAGGAGGUAACGAAGAAGCCGACGGCAGAGAAAAGAAUGAAGGAGCCGAAGAGCCACAAAUACGAGGGGCAGCAAAAGGCCGUUUCAGCACAGCCACGAAAGCCACCAGCCUGCGCCACAGAAAACGGAACCUGGAAGGAAGGCAGUGUGAAGGAAGGAGCUCGUCCCGAACAGGGAAAAACGGUAAGACCAUCUCCAGCAAACAGAUCCAAGGCAAAGGUAAGAGAUUCUCCGACGGCCGAUGAGCAGCCCCUGAUCCCGCAAGACAAGCUCAACGAUGACAGUGGACGGCGGCCGGGCACGGGCGCGCUGCUGCGCCAGGUGGACACGGGCAACGGUAGAGCUGACGACAUCAAUGAUCUUGACGGGCUGUUGCCACAAUCAAAGGCACCAACGGCCAACCAAUGGGCCAAGUGCUGUCAACUGCUGCUGCUGGAUCCAGAGAAACACCGGGACGUGGCAGCGCGGUCGAUCCGCAUCCCAGGGUCGGCGGUGUGGGCGACGCCGCAGCAGUACUGGACGGCGUUCCGCAUGCUGACUUGGCGGGUACGACACGGACUGGACGGCGGGCUGCUGGCAGAUGCUCCGGGCUGCGGCAAGACGCACACGGUGCUGGUGUUCUGCCUGUUGCGGGCGCUAGUGUUUCACAGCCGGGCGGCCGUGCAGCACAGCCGGGCAGCAAAUGACGGGCGACACACGCGGGAGAGCAGCGGCAGAAAUGGCGAUUCCGGCAGCGGCUGUCUCUGCAACAAUAUCCACGGCAUCCAGUGCUUCGCUGCUCCUGGCAGCAUUACCCGGCGCAUCUUCGAAGCUGGUGGCGGCGACAGCCUCGCCCGCGGGCCUGCACUCAUCCAGGCUGGGCCGACGGUCAUCGAGGACUGGAAGGCAGCGCUGUGUGCAGCUCGUCUCAGCGCCACCUACUACCACGCCGUUCUCUUCCAUACAUCAGCUUCCAUGACGCCCCGCGAGCUGGCCCGACCCGAUGGCCUCGUGGCCGAGAUGGGCUGCACCGCGGCAACACGGACGAAGCAGCCCCAGGAGACCACAGAGACAGAAGAGGUGCCCGUCGACAACUGCACUUUUACCUUUGGUCUUGACGAGAGCAAGAACUAUCGCCCACUUGAGCGGUACAUCUUCCUGACGACGUACGAGGCUGGCCGAUUCAGAGCUGCCUUUCAGAUUCCCGUCUCUUCUGCCGCGACAGGUGCUCGCCACACAAAGUCGGCCGAGGGGGGCCUGACCGUCUACGGCUGUCCUGUUGGUCUCCACAUCGUCGACGAAUUCCACCGCAUGCGUGACGUGCAGUCCAACGCGGUGCAGCUGGCGCUCGCUCAUAAGCACAUGCACGACAGCGCCAGCCGCGGCAGCAGCGGCAGCCAGUUUGCUUUUUGGGCUGUCACGGGAACUCCGCUGCCGGGAAGCCGUAUGACUGACUUGACUGGCCUUAUGGCUGUGCUGCAGCAACCGGCCUGGAACGGUCAGGAUCACGCCCACCAUGCUCUUCGCACCGAGGGGCUCGCUGAGCUGGAGGAUACUCGACGGCGCUGCGCUUCUUUGUCGGCCACGUCGGACGAUCGCGACCGCUUCCGCCAGCUGGCACUGGCCUGUUUCGACAGCGGUUUCGUCAUCCGUCACUCGGGCGAUAUGCCGCAUGUCCCGCCCGUGCGCGUGUCGUUUUCCACACCUGUCGCUCACCGCUACGGCGUGAAGGUGCUUGCAGAAAACGCCCGUCGCCGCCUCGCCCGCAUCGAUGGUCCUCUGACCAUGCAGUCUGCCGCCGUGACGCUGGAGGGCUUCCGCGCCCUGGGAUUGCUACAGGUGCUCUCGAGCUUCCCCGGCGCUGCACGGCUGUUGGUAGGAAAGGAGAACGGCCCCAACGACGUGGCGGCAUCGCUGAUGCAAGCCUGUGUGGACCCAGUCGAGGCAGCAAGGCUGAUGCUACCGGCCGCCGGAUCACCCGCCGACGUCGAUGUGAUGAGCGUGCCAUUGGUGGCCGCCUGCUGGCAGGCAGCCACUAAGGACAGCCCGAAGCUCGACUUUGUCACGCGGCUGCUGCGGGUGAUGGAUCUGGAUGAGGAACAGGCCAAGAGAGCCACAGGCCGGAUCCUGAAGAAGAAGCUGCUUCUGAUCACGCCCGGCCUCGUCGACGCCGUGCUAUACUAUGCAGCGCUGCGGCAACGGCGACCCGGCUGGCGUCCGGCACUGCUGCACAGCCACCUCUCGCCUGCUGCCAAGGCAGACGUGCUGGCAGGGCUGAAAAGGACAGAUUCCGGCAGCUGCCGGCUGCUCAUCGCGACGUUUGCCAUUGCCGGCACCGGCCUCAACCUGCAGGCCGCCAACUACCAGGUGCUGACGGCACCAUUGCGCCAUCGAGCCGAUGAGGAGCAGUGCUUCCGUCGCACCAACCGCGGCGGCCAGCAGCUGUCCGUGCAUCACUACCUGCUGCUGAGCGAGGACAGCCCGUACGACCGUCUGAUGGUAGCCGCCCAGUCCGGGAAGACACCAGCUGGUGACCCCUUUGAUGUGCUCGCAGACGUGGGGCUGGCGUAG